AUGAAGUCAUCGGAUAUUGACCAGGAAUUAUUCACAGAAACCUACUGUAAAGUGUGCAGCGCUCAGCUAAUAUCAGAAUCUCAGCGCGUGGCCCAUUAUGAGAGUCGGAAACAUGCAAGCAAAGUUCGGCUUUACUAUAUGCUCCACCCAAUAGAUGGAGGCUGUCCUGCAAAGAAGCUGCGGUCAGAAAAUGGCAGCGAUGAUGACUUGGUGGAUAAGAACAAGUGCUGCACACUGUGUAACAUGUCCUUUACUUCAGCCGUGGUGGCUGAGUCACACUAUCAAGGGAAAAUCCACGCCAAAAGGUUAAAACUGUUGCUAGGAGAGCAGCCAACAUUAAAGGCCACAGAGACAAACCUGAGUUCCCUAAAGCAGCCACGUGUGGAUAGCACUCCGGUGGUAUCUCCACCCCACCAGAGAAGAGACUCUGACCGGUAUUGCCAGCUCUGCGCAGCUUGGUUUAAUAACCCAAUGAUGGCACAGCAACACUACGAUGGGAAAAAACACAAAAAGAAUGCAGCCCGGGCCGAUUUAUUAGAGCAGCUAGGGAAGACGCUCGACCUAGGGGAGUUAAGAGGUCUGAAGCGCAGCUACACUUGUAACAUCUGUAACGUCACUCUAAACUCAAUAGAACAGUAUCAUGCACACCUGAAGGGCUCCAAACAUCAGACCAACCUGAAGAACCAAUAGAGGGUUGUCGAUCUUUGAGUCAGUGAAAUGUACCCAGC